GCAUGUUUGGAGAAGGGGAUGCAAAACAAAUGUGGUGUAUUUUGGCAUUUUCAUUUACUCAGGCUCAUUCAGCUACAUGUUCGGAACAUGCUUAGGUCUUCAACUGAAAGCAGUUGGUGUGUUCCUCUCUGCAGCUAGCAAUCAUCGUUAUCUCAUAGAGUUCCUGGAGGUUGGAGGGGUCCUAACCCUCCUGGAGAUCUUAGGUCAGAAACAGACCAAGGAGGAGGACAAGGCAGAGGCCAUUCGGCUGCUUCAGAUAGUCUCCAACGCUGGACGCAAGUACAAAGAGCUAAUCUGCGAAAGCUAUGGUGUGAGAGCCAUUGCAGAGUGCCUGGCCAAGUCCAAGACAGAGGGGACCCAAGAGACAGCACGGGCCCUGCUGGAGUCCCUGGCCCAUGGAAACCCCAAAUACCAGAACCAGGUGUACAGAGGGCUGAUCGCCCUGCUGACCUGUACCUCGCCCAAGGCCCAGCAACUGGUCUUGCAGACCCUCCGCAUAGUACAAGACAUAGUGAAGGAAGCCCACCCCAGCAUCGUGGGACCUCUGUUGAAUUUGUUGAGGUCCCUGCAUUUGGAGGUGCAAUAUGAGGCUAUCGAGCUGAUCACAGAUCUCAGGCAGUGUGAGGUCAGACCGGCGCUGCUCACAGGUCUCGUAGCGCUGCUCAAACCGGCUAUGGAGGGAGUGCAGACAUACAAGAUCCUGGAAGACCCAGAAAUGACCAAGAUGACUGAAUCCCUGCCAGUGUUUGUCCAACAAGCUGCGGCAGCCAAAGCUUUAAGGUUGCUUGCUCAGGGGAGUCAGGAGCUGUCCCAGGAACUGCUUCCUCUCAGAGUGGUGCACCACUUGAUGUAUGCUAUGGGAAACCAGGAGCAUGCUGACGCCCAGAGACAAGCCAGCCUGGCACUGGAGCAUUUUGUCCGUACAUACCCAGUGGUGGAGGAGCAUGUACGCAGAACCAUGGGUAUCAAUCUGUUUGCAGCCUUCAUGCACAAACCUGAGACUCUCUACAUGAAGAUGGAUGAAAUUCAAGCAGAUAUCCUGCUAUCAAAUAAAGUCAACAUUUCAGAAGUUCUGGAGCAGCAGAGCUCAGAAGACUGAAACAGACAAAGUACAGGCAUGCCAUUUUGUAUAAUAAUAGUUUACACUUUAUUUUCAUG